GGGCGCCYGGCAGCGGUGCUGACCUUAGGCCCGCUGCCCGAGCCGCCCAUGACAAGGGAGCUCCCCAGGCGGGUAGCGGCCGCGCCGGCAAGGAGAGGGCGGCGAGAUAAAUGGACUAUAAGAAAAUUACGGAUGAAGUUGCAAAAAAACUUUUAUCGUACAACCAGGACACUUCAGGAUGGAGAGUGAUAAAAGUUUCAAAAAAUGUUACAGUUGCUUCAAAACCUUCAAAAGAGUAUUCAGGAAACCUAUACCGAGGAGAAGGGAUAAUUAAGGAAGUCCCUAGUAAAAUUAUUCCUUUUAUGUAUCUUCCUGAAUAUCGAAACAAGUGGGACAAAGCCUUGCAAUCUUACACACUGCUAGAGAAGAUUGACCAGGAUACCGGUAUAUAUCACAGUGUAACACAUAGUUAUGGCAUGGGACUGAUCUCAUCACGAGAUUUUGUUGACUUGGUGCAUGUUAAACCCUAUCCUGGUGGCAUCCUUACAACUAACUCUGUGAGUGUGGAAUAUUCAGGAUGCCCUCCUUCUCCUUCUUGUGUCCGUGGCUAUAACAAUCCUUGUGGGUAUGUGUGUUCCCCCCUGCCAGAGAACCCAGAGCAUUCCAAGUUAGUUGUAUUUAUUCAGCCAGAAUUAGGCGGAAUGCUUCCCUACUCUGUGGUGGAGACAGCAAUACCUACUACUCUCGUAAAUUUAAUCACUGAAACAAGAGCUGGACUAAAAGGCUUGAAAGACCAUAAUUAAAUGUAAGUGAAAAUUAAUAUGCACUUAUGCCAUGUGCAUCUUUGAUCUGGAUUAACUUUUAAUAGAGGAUGUAGUUUAGUAUUUUAAUUGUGGUUUAUGUGGAAAUGUGUAAAGCUUAUCUGUUAUAUAUUAAAUUAUGAAUGCUAUUUUUUUUCUGCUCAUGGGAGUCAUGUCAGAAUUUCUACUGAAGUGCCAUCAAAACUACAGGGCGUAGCUUUCAAUGUAAUCCAGUGAUGUUUUGUAUCUUUUUUGCACUAUAUAUUUAAUUACAUGUGAAUAUGGUGGUGUAAACUAUAGAAACGUUAAAAUAUAGUUAACAAAAAUAUUUUACCAUAGCUUUAAACACAUUUUGAUAAUUUUUUACCAUCAAAGUAUGUACUUUUGACUGACAUAAGCAAAUUUCCUGCAUACUAGAGAUUUUAAAUAUGUUUAUUUCUACAACUGUCUAACAGCAAUUUGCAACUCUUUCA